CUAAACCCGUCAUUGCCUUGAUGUUGGUAGUGUUGAUUACCUUGAUUUCUAAUUCUGACGCUUGGUGGAGUCGCCGACGUCGUCGAAGAUGUCAAGUAGACUGCAGAGUCAACUCUUGGUCGUCUUGGAGUCAGUGCACUGCCGAUAAGUGUGGAGAGCGAGGCUCUGAAACUCGAACAAGGAGAGUAGAAACUUCACCGAAAUGUGGAGGAAAGGAAUGCCCAGAGCUUCGCGAAACCCGGCAGUGUUACUCUUCUAAAGAAGUUAACUGCGAACUCAGUUCCUGGUCUAAGUGGAGCGCUUGCACAACCAAGUGUGGAGUAUCAGGAAUACAGACCAGUAUUCGUCACAGGACAGUUGUAGAGCAAUGUGGAGGAAAUUGCUCAUCUAUUUUGUCCAAAACAAGAUCCUGUCCUGAAAUCAGCUGCUUGAACGGAGGAAGCGUGAAUGAUAAAACAUGCAUCUGCAAGGAUGGCUAUGAAGGAGAAUGCUGCGAGAACCAAGUUGUGUUGCCACAUUGUGUUGGAAUUCCACCGACUGACUGUCAACUUACCUCCUGGUCUCAGUGGGGAGCAUGUUCGGCAACGUGUGGGGAAACAGGAACACAGGUUAGUCAUCGCUACCGAACAACUACGGAGAAAUGUGGAGGUACAUGUUCCGGAGGAUCCAACUUGACUAUAACACGCGCCUGUUUUCAGAUUACUUGCUUAAAUGGAGGAAGCUUAAAGAAAGGACAAUUUUUUUGCAAAGAGGGAUACACCGGUGUUUGCUGUGAAGAGGGAGAUGCAUUUCCUCCACCAAAUGGGGAAAAAGCAGGAGUUGUUUUAUUACCCACGGCAUUUUUUGUUUUUGGAAUCAUUGUCAUCAUCAUCAAAGUCAUCAAAAAGAGCAACCAACCAAUCAACCGUGUCGCCGUGACUGGGAACAACGCUGGUACUGUGGUUAACGUUGUCAAAACAGGAUAAAAAUAUGUUCACCGCCAUAGAACGGCGAGGUGAUAAGCUAUUACAGUUUUUUCCUGGACUAAACCCUCGCGUUUUGUUACAAGUAGUACUAAAAGCUAAUCACCGAAGUGGAGGUGGAUUGUGGUGGAUAUUUACCUCACGGCGAAGCGGCGAGGUAAAUAUCCACCGGUAGCCAAUGAUUGAGGUAGUUCUUUUGUUAUACUCUUAGUAGUUGUUUUAAUGAACACUAAAUCAGUGCGAUAAUUGAGUUCAAAUGGAUGAUUUUAACUCAUGCAUUUAUUCCUGAAACGAUUAGACCAUUUUCGGGCAUAAAUCCCGCGGGAGUUGCUCGGAGAUGAAUGGCAAAGGAUACACGAAGUUUGAGUAGCCAAUCAGAGGUCGCCUUCAGCACUAUCUUCUCUUUUACUAUAUUAUAAAUACCGGUAUUUGGAUGAACAAGCACUGACUAAUAACGACGUUUGGAAUAAUAAAGCCUCUGACAGCUUAACGUUAAAAGGGUUAAAAUUAAAGCUUGCAGGAAGGUUCAUAAAUUGCACUAAGCCAUGCUUGCUAGGAGGCAAGCUGAAUUAGAGCUAGAGCAUGUAUUUAUGUUAGACAGGCUUAAUUGAUUAAAACAGGGCUCUCAAACUUUCAUAUUAAAUAUUCGUGCGUGAAUUUUUCAAAAGCUCAACCAUUUACACGUGACUAAUUUAGCUGAUGCAUAGCUAGAAUAUAAGUUUCCAGCGUUUGUCAUUUGAUGACCUAUUCCGCGGACGAUAACUUUCAAAGAGUUGUAUUUUCUCACUCGUUUACAUCACAAUGGCUAUAUUUCUUGUCAGAUCGAUAUCAAUGCCGUAGCUUAAGUCAAGAACAGAAAAUUCUGCUUAAAUAGCAUAUCAAAUGAGGGUCUCAAUGGGUUCAGUCGUUAGCCGUAUAAAGGCCAAACAAAUUUCAACAGUUAGUUGUAAUAAGAGUUGACUGUAAAAAAUUUUUGGCAACAGCAAUCGAAAGACAUAAACAGGUAACCGUAAUUUGGCCAAAAUUGUAACCGUUAGCCGUAAAAGCCAUCAUCUCAGUAAGACCCUCUCUUAUCACUGGACAACCUGUAAAGUAGCUGGUUAACUGAG